CCUUCGAGUUCGAGUGUGGAAGUUCGCUCCCUGAAGAGAGUGAGGGAGGUUAGGUGCUCCCGGCCACUUUCCCGUCCCUGAGCCCGGCAUGCUGACAGCCUGGACGGUCUAGGCCAGGUUGGGGUUACAUCCUGCAGCUGUUUCGCUGUUUCCCGAGUAGCCCAGCUUGCGCGCACCGUUGCGGGAGGACAGACUGUGCGUGCACCGUGAAGUCUGGAAGGGAGGGGCGUUUUCCAGAAAAAGGGCAGCGGCAGCGCAAAAAGCCAAACGCCCACGGCCGGCAGACGGAUAGCAGAGCACUCUAGGUUAAGAGGGUGGGUUGAAUACCUGUGUACCUAAUUUUCUCCCCUACUGAAAUCUCACUAAAAGUACAGCAAAGGGAUUUUCAAAAAGGCGCACACCCACAAGGAUGAAGAAAAUGCGACAGGAAACAACAGCAAUAAGAUACUGGGCUCCACAAAGCCCAAGCCUUAGCAGAUCAGCUUAAUUCUAAACCAGCAGCAGGGAGUGCUGGGGGAACAGUUCUAUGUCAGAAACAGAGUCUUCGAAAUGUGCAGAAGGUGCAGAAGGUGGCAGCGAAAGGAAUGGCGCUGGGGAUGGAUGUGGAGGGCUGUACCUCGGUGAAACGCGCCGGAGAAGCAGGUAGACCGCCGGCGCUCUCUCCCCGUGUCACAUCGUUGGAUUCUGCUUCUCUCCCAUUAGAAGACUGGAGGCUGGUCUCUUGAGAACGUAAAGCAGGAUCUUUGAACCAGGGGACCCCGGGCACAGUUACUAGGCUCCCUUUAUGAAAACAGGGACAAUGAAGAUUGAAGUCCAUCAUCCCCCAGUUUAAACCCCAGAACUUUCUGCAGCCAGUCUGAUACCCUUCAGGCUCAAAUAUGAGAAUUCUGCACACGCGCACACACGUGCGUGCACACACACACACACACAUAAAGGGAAAGAUAUACACAGUAAGUUAGUCACAGUGGUUGCUUCUGGGAAGGGAAAGGAACAUUGUGGCUGGGGGAAAAAUGGGAGGAGACUUAACUACUGUUAACUGUUUUAAAAUUGUGUACCAUGUGCGUAUGUUACCUAUUCAAAAAUGAAAUGUAUUUCUUAAAAAAUAAUUGUAAGUGAAUACACCCUUUGACACAGGAAUUUCUCUUACAGAUAUGUCUACACACAAGUGAAAAUAAUGUUAAGUACAGUGCCACUCAUUGCAAUAUGGUUUUAGCAAAAGAUUGGAAACAAUCUCAUUUUAAUUGAUAGAUGGUUGGUAAAAUAAUGUACAACGCUUCCUUGGAAUAUUCUAUAGCCAUAAAAAAAACAAGAAGCUUGUUGUAUAAGGAAAUGAGUAAUCACCAAGAUACAUAUGGGGGGGGUUCAGAAAAGUAGGUCACCAGUUUAUAAAAAGCAAAAGGAGAUGUGUGUGUCUGUAGGUAUAUAUAUAAAAUAUCUGAAAGAUAGCAGAAUAUUGGUUGCCUUUGAAGAGAGGAUCUGGAUGGUAAGGCAAAAGUGGAAUGAGGGAGAGACUUUCCACUGUAUAUUUUUGUACCUUUUUAACUUUGGACCAUGUUAUUAUCUAUUCAGUGAAUGAAUUAGUAAAUGUUAAUGGGAAAAAAGAUGAACAAUGGAGAUCCUGACGUUGAUGAUAUCCUGAACAAUAAAAGAUCUCAUACUAUAGGAAGGAAUGCUGCAUAACAACCCUGAAAUCUCUGGCUCCCUGCAUUUCAUGCUCUUGGUUCUUCAGGUGGACGCUUCAUGGUUCUUCAGUGGUUUAGAUGUUGGUUGGACUAGGCUGGACUCCAGACUUUAGUUUUGGGUUCUGGUCUGCUCCAUGUGUCUUCAUUCUGGAACCCAGGCUAAAAAAAGCAAAAAUACAUGAAGCAUGUUUUUCUCAGGGCUGAAGGCAAGAGUUCAAGAGCACUUCUUGAAAUUUGCCAUGCCUCAGCUCAAAAGUGGCACAUUGAGACAUAUUGUGUUGAUUAAAGCAAGUCACAUAGCCAAGCCCAAAGGCAAUAGGGUGGAGAUUUACACUCUGCCUACUGGGAGGCUCUGCAGAGUCUCAGGACAAAGGGUGUGGAUGUGUACUUCCAUUGCAGGGUCGGAGGAAGAGCUGGGAAUGAUAAAGACGAAGGAAAUGGGUUAAUAGAAAGAUGCUGUGAAAUUAAGUUGAAGAUGGUUGAGAAUAAAGAUGCUUAGGGAAAAAAAUACAUAUAUAUAUAUUUUUUUUACAGCAUUACCAAGAUACAGCAUCCUACUUUGAUAUGAAUUUUCUUAAGGCAUCCAUGUGAAGAUAUCACAUUGGCUUUAUCUUAAAUAACAUCUGCCAGCCCCACACCUGGUCCUAUAACAAACUCUGAGUGACCGUAGGAAUGAAAAUAAAUAAUGUGCUUGUAAAGACAUCAGUUCUUAGAGAAGUAGUUCUAAAUGUUUACUUUAGCUACUGAGUGUGUUCAUUCAUAGUUCUUGUGUCUGCCAACCCACCUUUCACAACAGAAUCUUCUUUUCAGGGAGAUGUCCUUUGCUUCUCAGAUGUAAUGCACUUUAAGUUUGUUAUUCAACAGUGAAAAUGAGUCAUACAGAGGUUAAAUUAAAAAUACCUUUUGGAAAUAAAUUACUAGAUGCUGUUUGUUUGGUACCUAACAAGAGCUUAACAUAUGGAAUAAUUCUUACACAUGGAGCAUCAGGAGAUAUGAAUCUUCCUCAUUUGAUGUCACUGGCAUCCCAUCUUGCAUCUCAUGGUUUUUUUAGCCUGAGAUUUACCUGUAAAGGCCUUAAUAUUGUACAUAGAAUUAAGGCAUAUAAAUCAGUUUUGAAUUACCUAAAGACCUCAGGAGAAUACAAACUUGCAGGUGUUUUCCUUGGAGGUCGUUCAAUGGGCUCAAGAGCAGCUGCUUCUGUAAUGUGUCAUACUGAGCCAGAUGAUGCUGAUGAUUUUGUUCGAGGUCUCAUUUGUAUUUCCUAUCCACUGCACCAUCCAAAGCAGCAGCAUAAACUUAGAGAUGAAGAUCUCUUUCGUAUAAAAGAUCCUGUACUGUUUGUGUCAGGCUCAGCAGAUGAAAUGUGUGAAAAGAACUUGUUGGAGAAAGUGGCACAGAAAAUGCAAGCUCCUAAUAAAAUCCACUGGAUUGAGAAAGCAAGUCAUUCCAUGGCAGUGAAAGGACGGUCAACAAAUGAUGUUUUCAAAGAAAUAAAUACACAGAUUUUGUUUUGGAUCCAGGAAAUCACUGAAAUGGACAAGAAAUAAUUGUCUGUAGUUACAAGCUAUGUUAUUUUGAAUACAAAUACCGUUAAUUUGUUAAAGAACAACAUACCUCUCGGCAUUAUGAGAUACAUUUCAGACUAAUUUAAUGUACUUUAAUAUUCUCCCAUUUUUAAAACACAUUUUAAUUGUGAAAUUAAUGCCCUUUACAAAGUGUCUUUUGAAAGCACUGUUAUAGUUGUAUAAAGAUGAUGUACAAAUAUUGAAGGUGGUCUAAAUAUAAUUUAUUUUCUUUAAUAUAGUUAAGUUUUGAAAAAUUAAACAUUGAAUUUUGUUACAACAGAA